CGCCCGCCCGCCCGCUGGUUCUCGCUACAAAUCGCUUUGUCCGUGACUCUCGCCCUCUCUACAGUACUCCCUUUCUCUUUGAGGUCGAUAUCAACAAGAGGAAUAUCUCUCUGGUCCUACGCGUCAAGCGCCUGCUCUCGUAUAUAUAGCCGUCUGUCUGAGUCGGACAGCGUAACAAGCCUGCUUGUCUCCGCUAUUUUUGAUUACUCAUUCGCCUUACGCAAACUCGAACAACACAAAAGCAAACAAGCCCUAAACCGGCAAUAUGUUCCGCACUUUCACCACGCUCAUGCUCGCUCUGAGCUCGGUCACCUCGGUAUCGGCAGCAGUCAUGGCUCGCCAGAAUCAGGUCACCCACAAGCUCGUCGUCGGCGCCCCCUUCCAGGUCCUCACCGCCGACUUCGAUGGCAAGAAGUUCUCCAUCACCGGAAACCACACCGCUGUCGGCACCGGCCCCAGCUGGCUGCUCUACAAGGACCCCACCCACCUGUACGCCGUCAACGAGAACGCCAACGACACCAGCCUCUUCAGCCUCAGCGCUGACCUGAACAACCCCACCGUCACGUCCGCUACUAACGGCUCGUCCGGUGUCGUCUUCCUCGAGUUCAACUCGGACAAGACCCGCAUCGUCGGCACCGCCUACGGCGCCGAGACCAUCGACGUCUGGGACGUCACCGCUGACGACGGCAGCCUGAAGCUGCUCAAGACGCUGCCCGUCCCCGGCGUGCCGAGCCCCGGCCAGGCGGCCCACCGCCCGCACCAGGCCAUCCUCGACCCGACGGGCCGUUUCUUCGUCAUCCCGAACCUCGGCGGCGACACGCUGCUCGUGCUCGACAGCAAGGACGACCGGUACGAGAUCACGAGCAACGCGACGCUCCCGGCCGGCUCGGGCCCGCGGCACGGCGGCUUCCUGACGCGCGGCGACACGCACUACUACGCGGUCGCGACCGAGAUCUCGAACGAGCUCUUCCUGUACGAGCUGCAGUACGCCGACGACCGCAUCGAGUUCGCCGAGAUCCAGCGCCAGAGCACGUACGGCACCAACCCGCCGGCCAACGCGACGACGGCGGCGGCGGCGGAGCUCGUGGUGGCGCGCAACCAGCGCGACGUGUACGUGUCGAACCGCAUCAGCGGCAACGAGACGGACAGCAUCGCGCACUUCCGGUUCGGCGCCGCCGGCCAGCUCGACUUCGCCGGGUCCGUGUCGAGCGGCGGCCUGCGCCCCCGCAUGUUCAGCCUGAGCAAGGACGAGAAGCAGACGCUCGCCUUCGUCGCCAACCAGGGCGGCGACGCCGGCCUCGUCGCCUUCCACCGCUGCCCCAGCUCCGGCGCCCUCCACUCGAAGCCCGCCGGGACGCUGGCCAGCUCGGAGCUCAUCCCCUUCUCGCUCGCGACCGAGGAGCUGGUCGGCCCCCAGUUCGUGCUGGAGAUCUAGGUGGCUGUCGAAAGGAGGCUACCUGGCGCGAGAGAGAUGGAGAGGAGAAGUAAACGGGCACGGAUACGACGGAACCUGAUGGAUUGAAGAAGGGAGACGAAUCGCAUUGCAUCGGGUACGGCGUUCUUCUCGCACAUGUGCUUUGUUUUUAUUUUUAUUAUUAAUUUUUACGAUGGACUGAGCCGGGUCGGGCCGGACUUGCGCACCAAGUGGGCGUUCGUUUCGACGCAGACCGUCGGGGUUGCCGCUACGGCGGCAAUUCGAACUUAGUGUACAUAGAUGCAUUUUUCUUUCUUCAAUCUACCUAGACCAUGCAGAGCCCUUAGUGGCACCAGUUCAAUGUUUGAUAUGCAUUCACAUACCUAU